AUGGACCAUGCUGCGGUGGUUAGUCGGAUAGUUGAAGAAAUCAAGAACGACGGCGUCGCUGAUUUUGAUCUCGAUGAUCCUUUCGAUGAUCCGACGCUCGUUACCACGGCUUUUCUUGAUAUUGAAUGGCAGGAUGAGCACGGAAAUUCGGCACUAAUGCUCGCCGCUGCCGAGAAUCGCGUGCUUCAUGUCAAAGGAAUUCUCACGAUGGCGAUUAGUAGCGGAAAAUUGAAACAGGUUGUCGAAAUGCGAAACAAUGAAGGUAUGAAUUGUGUGCAAAUGGCGAUGAGAGCCGGCAGCGAAACAUGCGCCACAUUAAUCAAGCGAGUGUCGAAGGAGUAUUCAAAGUGCAGACCGCGCGUUGCGAUGGAAGCAAACGAAGAAGACAUCACAUUCGAAUUGGAUGACUCGAAAAUCCCACAGGAGAUUGGCGCGAGCUCUGCGAGCAACGUCGCGCAGCCGCGUCUCGUUUCCGCCCAUUUUCAGAUGCGCAAAUUGACGAGAGAGAAAAUAUCGAAUAGUCUUCGCAACGCGCAACAGGGCCGCGAUUAUUUGCAAAUGGCGAAACGCUCGAAAUCCGCUCAUUCGCGCCUCAUCUCACAACGGACCUGCUCGAUCGAAUCGAAUCAUUUCGAACCCGAAGCACCGCUUCCGCUGCCGCCGCAAGAUCACGGUGUGUUCUCGACGAUGGGCGAACGAAUUCGGAACAUCUUCGGCAAAAAGCCUCCAAUCCAUUCCACCACCUUGUCUUCGACGAACGCCGAUCGCCUUCCAUCGGCCAAUGCUGCACCUCGUUCUUCGACAUCUGCUGCUGACAAAUCGUCGCCUUAUCAUGACACGAAGCAUUCUGAAGAUGAAGUGAUUCGCCUUCCUCAGCAAACAUCUGAAGACGACGACUUCUUCCGAAAUGCCCCAUGGGCCCAUUCAAAGAACGCAUUGGCUCAACGCGGAAACUCGAAUUCCCAAAACGGGGUUCGUCUUCCACCAUUGAGUCUUCGUCGCCGCGCGAAUAGCGAUCCGCGUAAUCGUGAAUUUCAUUCUCUCGUCGAUGACAAAUAA